AUGGUCCAAACGAUCGCCACUGGCGCGCCGCACAUUGGCCCAUCAAUACUGUCUGGCGCGAAACCCUUCGUAUCCAAAUGGUCAAAUCGCUACCGAGGAGCCACAGUCCAAGACCUCGAACCCCCGUCUGCCCUUUCCCUCACACCCUCGGACCCCAUCUCCCUCGCCAUGAUAUCGGCCUUCGAGCGUGAGUAUACGCACCUGACGGUAGUCGACGCAACGACACGGGCACUGCUGGGGUACAUAUCGAUACCGCACCUACAGGCGCAGCUCGAGACGGGCAAGGUGCAAUCGGAGGACUCGCUGUCCAAGGCUAUGGUGCGUUUCCAACGCAAGGGCAAGAAGUACAAAGUCAUCACCAUGGCAACGCCACUGGAAGAGCUUGAGGAAUUCUUUGAGGGCGCGGGCGCGGGCGAAAAGCAGGAGUUUGCCGUCGUCACGGAUGAGGACAGGAGGUUCGUGCUGGGCGUAGCGACAAGGAAUGAUCUGGAGGAGUUUGUGAAGAGGAGACCGGCGUAG